GUGCCGCUUCUCGGCUCCCCUCCGAGCCAACUCGACUUCCAGCGCAUGAGGGGGCCCAACCCUUCCUUGGACCUCGCUGUUUGCAGGAGAUUCUUCCAUGAAGAUGAGAUCGCCUCCGCUUACGAUCUGGCGCAGGACGGCGAAGCCUGGGCCAUUGAUGACCGGGAUGAGGAUCUGGGCUACGCACACGAGGUGUGGCGGAUCGAGGAAGUGCUGCAGCGGCGAGCGCCGGGGCUCUUUGAGAAGCUGAUCCACUCGGCCUGGUCGGUGGAAAAGAGGAUGUGGGGAAACAUCCUCGAUUUCGUCUUCCCUGAAAUCGAGUACAUCGAGUACGACGUGAAGAAUCUGGGGCGGCCUGGGUCCAUCGCACGUCACACGGACAACGAUAGCUUGAUCACCAUGGUGGUGCUUCUAUCCGAGGCUGAUGCCUUCGAGGGCGGAAUCAACUGCUUCCAGGGCGCUGCGGAGGAGCGCCAGGUGCGCCUCCAAAGAGGGGACGCCGUGUUCUUCUUCGGAGAUUGCUGCCAUCACUGGAUCACGCCGGUCACUGCGGGAUGCCGCCGGAUCCUUCAGAUGGAGCUGCGCAAUCGCUAUGAG